AUGGCUUUCCACGUGGAGGGACUGAUCGCCAUCAUCGUCUUCUACCUGAUGAUCCUCAUGGUGGGCAUCUGGGCCGCCUGGAAGACCAAGAACAGCGGCAGCAAGGAGGAGCGUAGCGAAGCCAUCAUCGUAGGAGGGAGAGAUAUUGGAUUGCUAGUCGGUGGAUUUACCAUGACAGCCACUUGGGUAGGAGGAGGUUACAUCAACGGGACAGCGGAGGCUGUGUAUGUACCAGGCUAUGGACUAGCCUGGGCUCAAGCGCCCAUUGGGUACUCUCUCAGCCUGGUUUUAGGUGGCCUGUUUUUUGCCAAACCCAUGAGGAGCAAAGGGUAUGUGACUAUGUUGGACCCAUUCCAGCAGCUCUAUGGAAAACGCAUGGGGGGACUCCUUUUCAUACCUGCCCUAAUGGGAGAGAUGUUUUGGGCUGCAGCCAUUUUCUCUGCCUUAGGUGCCACUAUCAGUGUAAUCAUCAACAUUAACGUCAACAUUUCGGUUAUUGUUUCGGCCCUGAUUGCCACGCUAUACACCUUGGUGGGCGGGCUGUAUUCUGUUGCAUACACUGAUGUCGUUCAGCUCUUCUGCAUCUUCCUGGGGCUGUGGAUCAGCGUACCUUUUGCAAUGUCCCAUCCUGCAGUUACGGACAUUGGCUUCACAGCUGUGCACGACUUUUACCAGAAACCCUGGCUUGGUUCCAUUCAAUCGCUUGAUGUCUACACGUGGAUUGAUAGUUUCCUUUUACUGAUGCUUGGAGGAAUCCCGUGGCAAGCAUAUUUUCAGAGGGUUCUCUCUUCAUCUUCCGCCGCCUAUGCUCAAUUUCUCUCCUUUCUGGCUGCUUUUGGAUGCCUGGUGAUGGCUAUCCCUGCAGUGCUCAUUGGAGCAAUCGGUGCAUCGACAGAUUGGAACCAGACUUCAUACGGUCCUCUGGAUCCCAAAGAAAACAAAGAAGCGGACAUGAUUUUACCCAUUGUACUUCAGUAUCUCUGUCCAGCAUAUAUAUCUUUCUUUGGUCUCGGUGCGGUGUCUGCUGCUGUAAUGUCAUCUGCGGAUUCUUCAAUCUUAUCUGCAAGUUCAAUGUUUGCUCGGAACAUCUAUCAACUUUCAUUCAGGCAAAAUGCCUCAGACACAGAAAUAGUGUGGGUGAUGCGAGUCACUGUGUUCGUGUUUGGAGCAUCUGCUACGGCGAUGGCCCUGCUUGCGAAAUCAGUGUAUGGACUCUGGUACCUCAGUUCCGACCUGGUCUACAUCAUCAUCUUCCCUCAACUCCUCUGCGUGCUCUUCAUCAAAGGAACCAACACCUACGGUGCAGUGGCAGGGUACGUCUUCGGCCUCCUCCUCAGGAUAACCGGAGGGGAGCCAUAUCUGUACCUGCAACCUCUCAUCUAUUACCCCGGUUACUACCUUGACGAUGACCAAAUAUACAACCAGCGCUUCCCCUUCAAAACGCUGGCGAUGGUCACCUCUUUCUUAACCAAUAUCAGUAUCUCUUACCUGGCCAAGUACCUGUUCGAGAGUGGCACUCUACCCCCCAAACUAGACUUCUUCGAUGCCGUCGUGGCCAGGCACAGUAGGGAAAACAUGGACAAGACGGUUCUGGUCAGAAACGAGAACAUCAAGUUAGACGAGCUCGUGCCGGUGAAGCCUCGGCAAAGUUUGACUCUUGGCUCCACGUUCACGAAUAAGGAGGCUUUCCUUGACAACGACUCCAGCCCCGAGGGUUCUGGGGUUGAAGACAACCUGCAGUGAGGCACAGCUUUCCCUCCCAGAGCGUCGGUACUGGCUGUCCCCCAGGGAGGAUGGGGGAAAUCCACACUGGAGCCAAACUGGGAGGAAGGAAGCUUCCAGAAGGAGUCAUGACCAGGAAUGCCUUUGCACAAUUCAAAACCACGCUUAGGAGAAGCAGCUGGGGAACUCAACUAGGGAGGGGGAAGGCUUCCAAAUUAAGUCAUUUGCUGAUGUGGACAGGAGGAAAGUCAGAUAAACAUGAAUUCAUGUCACACACACACACCCCAAUGCCAGGAAAGAGGUAACUGGGUGAAUUUCUUUUAAAAUGUGAAAAGAGAAUUGGAAGGGAUCGAAAUCUUACAGUUGAGCCAGCAGGUAGAGGAUAUUAUUCAGUCAUCUGUGGGUUCGUGUUUUAGUCAAUCUAGCAAACCUCACAACCUGUAUUUCCCUGGAACUACAGCAGUGCUGUUGUCACUCAAGAAUGAGUUUCCCUGUUGAUUUUUUUUUUCAUUUUCCUCCCUAGCAGCUCCAGCAUUUUCUCAAGGGGUAUCAACCAGUUCAUUUUGUUUUGUACAGAGUUCCCUAAGGGACUGACUUACAUAAUGUACU